AUGAAGGUCUUGAUUAUUCUCGCUAUCGCGGCGGUUGUCAGCAGUGGCCCCGUCGACUCUCGUAAGAAGCGCAGCUACGGUCACAAUUACCCCCUGGUGCACUCCACCCUGCAGUCUAACUCCCUGCAAUCUACAUCCUUCGAGGCUAAGUCGCAACAGUCCACCACACUCCAGCAGACAUCUGUAGUACCCAGCUACCAUACAGUUCAACCCACUUACCAAGUGCAGCCCACUUACCGAGUACAACAGCCUACUUACCAAGUACAACAGCCCACUUACCAAGUACAACAGCCCACUUACCAAGUACAACAGCCCACUUACCAAGUACAACAGCCUACAUACCAAGUACAACAGCCUAAAUAUCAUGUCGAAGUACAGCCAAGUUACCAAGUGCAACCCGCAGUGCAACAAACGUACUCUUACACACCAAGAGUAGAGAACUACAACGUCCAGGCCCCCGUCUACUCGUACAAAACCCCUGUCCAUUCGUACACACCAGUACAAUCCUAUACCCCAGUCCAGUCUUACACUCCAGCCCAGUCUUACUCACCAAUCCAGUCCUACUCUCAAGUCCAGUCCUAUAAACCAGUCCAGACUUACCAGUACCAGUCUUACACCCCACUUCAGAGCUAUACACCCAACGUGUACGCCCCAUCCCAGUCUUACUCGUACGAUUCGUACAGGCCAGUACAGCAGUACAAUUACCAAACUGUGCCAAUUUCUUGGCAAUCCAAGAACUACGGCAGCAACUGGAACUCUGAUGCGUGGUGCUAAACAUAUCAUAUUUGCAUUUAUAAUCCGAGUCAACACAGAUAGAAUUUUGAUCUAAAGCCUAUAAAAUGUAUUUUUAAAUGGAUUUCCUUGAAAGUACAAAGCGUUAGUGUGAAAAGUAACCUAGAUAAUAAAGUUAUAAAUGUAGCUUUAAAUACACAAUAAACGGAAUAAAGGGAGGAAUAAACAAGAUUUUAUAA